AAUAUACUGUCUUCUCUACCAACGAGUACAUAAAAAUAUUAAGAAAAACAUUAACAAAAGCCAGAAAUAGUUUGAUAUUAAGCAAUGUAAACUAGUGCUAGCCGGAACAGUAUACUAUAUCCCUCCGGCAACAGGAUGUUGCGGUCACCGCAUUCACUGAUGAUCAAAAUCACAUGUCAUGUUGCUGGUAAUCUUCUUCUUCCUCUUCGUACUCAUCCUCAUCAGCAGUGGCAUCCUGGUAUUGCUGAUACUCCGAAACAAGGUCAUUCAUGUUACUCUCUGCCUCUGUGAAUUCCAUCUCGUCCAUGCCUUCCCCUGUGUACCAAUGCAAGAAAGCCUUUCUUCUGAACAUAGCAGUGAACUGCUCGCUCACCCUUCGGAACAUCUCCUGAAUUGAGGUGGAGUUUCCAAUGAAUGUUGAGGCCAUCUUUAAUCCUGUAGGGGGAAUAUCACAUACAGUGGACUUGACAUUGUUUGGAAUCCAUUCGACGAAGUAUGACGAGUUCUUGUUCUGAACAUUGAUCAUUUGUUCAUCAACCUCCUUUGUGCUCAUCUUUCCCCGGAACAUAGCGGAGGCAGUGAGGUACCUUCCGUGCCUAGGAUCAGCAGCACACAUCAUGUUCUUGGCAUCCCACAUUUGCUGUGUGAGCUCCGGAACACUCAAGGCCCUGUACUGCUGAGAACCGCGAGAGGUGAGAGGAGCAAAUCCUACCAUGAAAAAGUGAAGCCGAGGGAAGGGGAUGAGGUUGACGGCGAGCUUCCUAAGAUCAGAGUUCAGCUGACCAGGGAACCUCAAACAACAUGUGACACCGGACAUGGUUGCCG